AUGGCUCAUUCUAAGCAUAUAGACAAAGUUCUUGAUAGGCAUAGUGAUGAAACUAUUGCAAAUAACCGCUUAAGGUUGAAGACAUCUAUUGAUGCUAUUCGAUGGCUUGCAUUUCAAGCUUGUGCAUUUAGAGGCGACGAUGAAAGUUCUGGAUCUUUGAAUAGGGAAAAUUUUAUUGAGUUAAUUAAGCUUUUAGCUUCAUGUAAUCAGAAUGUUAAUAAUGUUGUCCUUAAAAAUGCUCCUGGAAAUGCUCAAUAUAUAUCUCCCGAUGUUCAAAAAGAUAUAUUGCAUAUCUUUGCUAGAAAAGUGCGUGCAACAAUUCGAGAAGAAAUUGGUGAUUUUAAAUUUUGUAUAAUUAUUGAUAAAGCAAGAGAUGAGUCAAAGCGAGAACAAAUGUCUGUGGUUUUGAGAUUUGUAGACAAGCACCGUUGUGUUCAAGAAAGAUUUUUUGAUCUUAUACAUGUUUCUGAUACGUGUUCUUUGACAUUGAAAAUAGAAAUUUCAUCAGUUCUUUCUCGUCAUAAUCUUGAUGUUCAAAAUCUUAGGGGACAAGGGUAUGAUGGAGCUAGUAAUAUGCGUGGUGAAUGGAAUGGAUUGCAAGCUCUAUUUUUGAAAGAUUGCCAUUUUGCUUAUUACAUUCAUUGUCUUGCUCAUCGAUUACAAUUAGCACUUGUUUCUGCAGCCAAAGAAGUUUGUUAUGUUCAUCAAUUCUUUUCAAAACUUACCCUAAUUGUAAAUGUUGUGACUGUUUCUCCUAAACGUCAUGAUGAGUUAAGGGUUGCUCAAGCAAAUAAUGUUGCAAACUUAAUUGCCAAUGAUCAAAUUGUGACAGGUAGCGGACUUAAUCAAAUUACUACUUUGCAAAGAGCUGGAGAUACUAUAUGGGGGUCUCAUUUGAAUUCUGUACGUAGCUUGCUAUGCAUGUUUGAUGCUACUUGUGAAGUUCUUGAAAAAAGCAGUGAAGAAGGUAAUUUCUCCACUCGUGGUGAUGCUAGUGUUGAUUAUGAUGCUAUCUCAUCCUUUGAAUUUGUCUUUGUUUUGCAUUUGAUGAGAAAUAUUUUGGAAGUUAGUCAUGAUCUUUGUCAAGCUUUACAACAAAAAAAUCAAGACAUAUUGAAUACUUUAACUCUGGUUUCUACUACCAAGACUUUAAUCCAACGAAUGAGAGAAUCAAGUUGGGAAGCUUUCAUAAAAGAAGUUAUAUUAUUUUGUGAGAAACAUGAAGUUGAAGUUCCUGAUAUGAAUGCAAUGCAUAUUCCUAGAAGCAGCCGAACUCACAAAAUUGUUGACCAAAUUUCAGUGGAGCAUCAUUACCGUGUUAAUUUAUUUCUGGCUGUAAUUGAUACACAGUUGCAAGAGAUUAAUGGAAGACUCAAUGAUAAUAUGGUGGAAUUACUUACUUUAAGUUCAACUUUAGAUCCCAGAAAAAAUUAUAAGCUCUUCAGUGUCAACAAAGUAUGUGAAUUAGUAGAACGAUUUUAUCCAGGCAACUUCAGUGACCAAGAGAAAUUUCACAUUAGAAUGUAA